GGAGAGACGGUCCAGGAAGAUAGAAAUCAUUGUGGGUGUGGCAGAGCGGUUCCUUGGGCUGAAAGAUUUCUCUGCGAAGGAGUUACAUGGAAUAUUGUCACAGGCCGUACCACCCUCUCAGGCCCUAGAGCCUGAGAAGGGAGAUAUGGAGAUUUGUUUUGUUUUCUCAAUGUACUAUUUUUAUUUGGGUGGAUUAAGUUAGUUAUGAAUUUUAUUUUUUACCUCGUUUUGGUUUCAACCCGUCCAGUUGGUGGCGGCAAAAUGCAUGUUUUGUUUGUAGUCUGUCAUAAAACCCACAGAAGAAGAAGACGAAGUUUACGCCAUUACGUGAGAAAUGAAUUAAGCGUCAUCCUUUCGGCUGCAACUUUGAUCCUAAAGCGGUGCGCGGCAUUUUUGUUUUUCCCCCUCUCUAGCUUCAACUAUACAUACCGUUUAAUUCUAUAACAAUGGCGCGAAGCAUAUCUUUCUGCACAGUUCCCACUUGUCUGCUCCUUAUCACCGGACUGUGUUAUAGAGUAGUUGCCGACGGGCUGGUGAACGAGGAGGUGAAACGAACAGUGGACCUGAGCACGCACAUUGCUAAGAUAACAGCAGAGAUUGUUCUGUUAAAUCAGGGAGACUCGGAGGUACAUAGCUUUAUAUUGGCAGUAGAGCCCGAAUUGGCCCCCAACCUUGCGUACGUCGGAGCAUCGGUGAAGGGUGAUGAAGAGGAGGAUGGCAUACUUGAGCUCAAGCAGACAAUGAUCCAAGGCCAAAGUGGGGAGUUCUACAAGGUGCAGUUACCCUCCAGUCUGGCCGUUGGUGCAAAGCUGCGAGUGAAGGUGGAGACAGUCCUGAGCCACAUUCUGAGGCCCUUUCCCACCCACAUCACCCAGGCUGAGCGUCAGCUGGUGGUGUUCCAGGGCAACCACUACCUGUACUCUCCAUACCCCACCCGCAGCCAGACCACCCGUGUCCGCCUUGCCUCUAAGACUGUGGAGAGCUACACCAAGCUGGGCAACCCCAGCAAGAGUGAUGAGGCCAUUGAGUACGGCCCCUUCCGUGAUGUCGCCCCAUUCAGUGAGGAUGCCCUGAAGGUCCAUUAUGAGAACAACACCCCCUUCCUCACCAUUAGCAGCAUCACCCGCAUCAUUGAAGUUUCUCAUUGGGGAAACAUUGCUGUGGAAGAGACAAUUGACAUGAGGCACACAGGGGCAUUCCUGAAAGGGCCUUUCUCCCGUUAUGACUACCAGCGCCAGUCUGACAGUGGCAUCUCAUCAGUCAAAUCCUUUAAGACCAUCCUUCCUGCCUCAGCCCAGGAUGUGUACUACCGGGAUGAGAUCGGCAACAUCUCCACCUCCCACCUCCAGAUUCUGGAAGACUCUGUGGAGGUGGAGGUUAGGCCCCGCUUCCCCCUGUUUGGUGGCUGGAAAACCCACUACAUUAUCGGCUACAAUCUGCCCAGCUACGAGUACCUCUACACCCUGGGGGAUCAGUAUGCUCUGAAGAUGAGGCUGGUUGACCAUGUAUAUGAUGACCAGGUCAUCGACUCCCUCACUGUUAAACUCAUACUGCCAGAAGGUGCCAGGAACAUCCAUGUGGAAACCCCCUACCCCAUUGACCGUAUUCCAGACCAGCUGCACUACACUUACCUAGACACCUUUGGCCGCCCCGUGCUGGUGGCGUCUAAAAACAACCUGGUGGAGCAGCACAUCCAGGACGUAGUGGUGCAUUAUACCUUCAAUAAGGUCCUGAUGCUGCAGGAGCCCCUGUUGGUGGUGGGGGCAUUCUACAUCCUCUUCUUCACUGUCAUCAUCUAUGUGCGCCUGGACUUCUCCAUCACUAAGGACCCUGCUGCAGAGGUUCGUAUGAAGGUGUCCUCCAUCACAGAGCAGGUCCUGACCCUGGUCAACAAGCGUUUAGGGCUGUACCGCCACAUGGACGAGGUGGUGAAUCGCUAUAAGCAAUCUCGAGACACAGGGGCCCUGAACAGCGGCCGCAAGAUCCUGGAGUCCGACCACCGCACCCUCACCAACGACAUCAGCUCCCUGCAGGCCCGCCUCAAAGCAGAGGGCUCCGACCUUGCAGAUAAGGUGGGUGAGGUGCAGAAGCUGGACGGCCAGGUGAAGGAGCUGGUGUGUCGCUCUUGGCAGGAGGCUGAGCGCCUGGUGGCAGGCAAGGUUAAGAAGGAGGCCUACAUCGACAACGAGAAGACCCUCUCUAGCAAGAGACUGGAGCUGGUGACCCGCAUCGACAGUCUGCUGGACACCCUGUAAACACCACUACACGUGUCAGUGUACAAAAAACACACAUGUGCUGCCCCAACUACACAUCUGUUGAUCCAGCCCUGCAGUUAUUAUAAAAUAAGAAAUAUUUCCCUUUGCUCAUUGUCCAUCCCACUCACAAAGUACACACACACUAAAGGAACCUGUAGGUGCAUGCAAACACUCGUGCCUUUGUGCCUCGCAAGAAACACAACAGCGUUAUGCUUAACACCACAGGGAAUGCUUGCGUCACACCUUACAUGGAAGUCUAAGUUAAAUUGCGUGGAAGAGCUCUGUUCCUAAAUGCAGAAUUUAACUGUUUAAAUUUGAAUUUUUUUAAAUAUUUUUUUGAAUGGUGAUAAAUCUAUAUUUGUGUUACUCUUAAGGGUUUUCAUGUCACAUCUGUCCUGUGUCUAUACUCCCUUGAGUCCCUCCAACCUGUGCUCUCUUAAGGGUGGAGUAGUCAUCAGUGCCCCUGAAAUAAGGGAUCCCUUGUGAGUCAAACAGUCUCUAAAUGCUUUGUCAUUCUUUGCACCUACGAACUAUUGUUACUUCCCCCUGGCUGUUUAUAUUUCAACAAAGUUGAAGCUCUGAAAUGGUGUGGACCCCAAUCCAAAGGGUUACCAUCAUGUUACGUUUCUCAUUGUCCCUCUAAUAUUUUAUAACAUUUUGUAUAAUUUCUCAUUGUAACGGUAUAUUUAGUUUGAUAGGAGAUUUAGUGAAUGCAUGAGGUUAGGCCAUGUGGGGAAUAGUAUGGGGCAGUCGAAGACGUUGAGUGAUAAUGUAUGUGAACCUGUAUCGUCAGUAAAUGAAAUGGGGAAAAUGAACCAAGUUUGAAACAUUGUCUGACAACUGUUUUAAAAUAGAAAUGAUUCCUCCACUUUUAAAACUCUUUUGGGAAGUAACCUAGUUCCACCACCUGAGGGCACUCUUGCUCAAGAUAUUUUUCCCAUCUGUGGUGGGUAAGUGAGGCUUUUGACUUGGGAAAGGGAUAGUGCCUACAAAGUCGACACUGUUUUAUUUUAAUAUGGAAGCAACCCCAAAUAAAACAACUGCUCAAUUCAUA